AUGCGACUUCCCCGUCGAGUUCCAUGGGCGUCCGUCGGCGAACUGGAGCAACUUUGCUCAUGGAUAUACACCGACGACGAUAACGGAGACUCCAAGUUGCUAGCAAUCAACAGACUAUCUGCUUGGAAAAACAUAACCACUCUUCCGCACGCCCUCGAGUCGACACUAUCAUUGUUGGUUGUGAUCGCACAAGAUGUCCCCCAGUCGGCCUUACCUUCCCACCUCUCUCUUCGCCAGAGCUACGCGACAGCCAUCAUUCGACUUGUCAAUGGUCUCGUCGACCCUCUCCAAGUUGGGGCCUAUGCUCGUUCGAUUGCCUCCAUAGCCACUCAACUUGGCUUUCCUUCAUGGCUUGUUGAGCUUCGACACGCCGCUACGCACGAAGACCUCCCCAGCAUCGGCCUUCUUCGCGAGGCAGCUCGGCAGUCGAUGUCCUGGCUUCUCCACAAUUACUUUUUACCUACCAUAAAUCCAUUCUCUGCCCCACAGCAGGUUGCACGCCCAUUACGUUCACUUACGCCCGUUUUGAAACAAUACAAAGGUCUAAUGAAAAUCGUCACAAGAGACGCAUCCGUAACCGGUCAAUACACGCUCGACAUUGUCACGGUUAUGAAGGACAUUGAGAGAUGGAUAGCCGAGGCCGAGGUGGUGGCUGGUCUUGCCGUGCAAGAGGAGGGAUGGGAACCAAGUCAGUCCAAUGAUUCGUCCUCGGCUAAAGAGAGAUGGGCAAUAAAAAGACUAUGCGAUUCCCUCUUGGAAAAGGGUGCUUUGGUUCCACUGGCGAAAAAGAAGAGGACCCUUGAAGAAAGCACCUUCACCCCCCAAAAGAAUGCCAUCUCGCUCUGGUGUCCACUUUUGAAACAUAUACAAAGUGUUCGCUCCAACUUUGCUGUUGUGCUUUGCGAUGUCAUCUGCUCUCGUCUUCUAAAUAUCGACGACGCGAAGCUGGAAACCAAUCCAGAUCCUUCUUAUGAAGUAUUUCUGGCUUCUUGGGUGAUGUGGGCUAUCGAGACGUGGAGUGGAGAAUUAUGGUCAAAAGUUGAUUUGAAAAGGGAUGUUACUGUAGCACUGGUGCGGGGACUUGGCCAUCAUCUGUCAUCCUCCAAACACCCUCGAACUGCGGCCUCUACACUUUUACGAAGAAUCUGUCGAGAUCAAGAAAUGGAUAGAACGCUUGCCCUGCUGCUCAGUCCGCCUCGAAACUUUGCUGCUGAUUGGGAGCCACAAGACCUCCUAGUAAUGAGUGAAAGGCUGCAAAGCCUUCAAUCAAUCUUCCUGCCCGAACCUCCAAAACGGAUGUUGUCUGUACAAAGGCAAAGUCUCGAUUUACAAUUGGCAGGGUGGAGGGUCCUUGACGAAGAGAGGGAAUGGAAACAGUGCCCUAUCGGUGUUUUUGCCUGA